CUACUUUGCUCGGUGGAUACGCACUUCAAUUUCCUGCCGUGUGCCGCGGACGCGCAACCAAAGAAAGGCAUGGCGGCGGGCGGGGGCGGCGUGGCGCAGCAGGCGGAGCUCCGGCGGAUCGAGGGCAACGCCUGCUUCAAGAAGGCCCGCCUCGGCGCCGCCAUCGACUGCUACACCGAGGCAAUCGCGCUCUGCCCCGACGUCGCCGUCUACUGGAUGAAUCGGGCCCUGUGCCAUUUCAGGCGCAAGGAUUGGGCCAAGGUCGAAGAGGAUAGCAGGAGGGCUCUUGCACUUGAUGAUUCUCUAGUCAAGGGGCACUAUCUGCUGGGAUAUGCACUGCUCGACAAGGAGGAAUUUGCUCUUGCUAUCAAGGAAUUGGAAAAGGCUCUGAAUCUCUUGAAGUCCUCGAGUUCAACGGAUAAAAUGGCAGAGGACAUUUGGCAGGUCCUUGCUAAGGCAAAAUACCUAGAUUGGGAAAAGUAUUCUACUGAACGAGUAUGGAGGAUACAAAGUUUGAAGGAAGCUUGUGAAAGUGCUCUGCAGGAGCAUCACUUUCUUAGUGGUACGCUUGGGGAAGACUUGGAUGGAUCAAGUAAUGAGUAUUCAGAACAAAUUAAAUUGCUAUCAGAGGUCUUCAGCAAAGCAACACUUGCCGAUACACCAGGAGAUGUGCCCGAUUACCUUUGUUGUCAGAUAACUUUCGAGAUAUUUAGAGACCCAGUGAUCACACCCAGUGGCGUUACAUAUGAGAGGGCUGUACUUCUUGAACAUCUUGACAAGGUCAAAUAACUGUCUCUGAGAAGACUAUCGGUCUCGUCUGGUGUGGAUUAUAAUGUGGUUGUGGCAAAAAUAACUUAAGCAUUAUGCAUUAUGGACUUUGCCUACAUUUCAGUUGGAUGCCUAUUGGAUUCAGUCUCUUCACAGGAAAGAUAAUUCCGCGCAACCAUUUACCUUACCAUUCUCUUGGUGCUUCAGGUUGGCAAUUUCGACCCGGUGACGCGAGAGCCUCUGAAGGAGCACCAGCUGGUUCCAAACCUGGCCAUCAAGGAAGCAGUGCAGGCCUAUCUGAAAGAGCACAGCUGGGCCUACAGGCUGAACUGUUAGAUGCUGUGUGUGGUGUGUGCCGGUUUCUCUGCUGACUGCUGCUGCUGAUGAAUGCUCCUCUUAAGGUUACCUUUUGUGACUACAAUCAUAUGCCAGUGUGAUACAGGUUGAGGAGGUUAGAUUGCUCAAUUCAUUGAUUAUCAGGCAAGUUGAGUUGUAACUGCAGACAUUGACCGAUUGGAGCAAAUGUACAUAAGCAUUCAAGGUUAGAAUAGCCAUUUUCACUCAGUCAUCAGUUCUUGACUUAGCAACUGCUUGGUUCAGUUCAGGCUACGAUCCUGAAGCUCACUUGAAGCAGCAAUAUUUUCACCA